GCUGAAAAGGUUGACUAUAGAUGACUAUAACCUUUUAUAUAUUUUAUAAAGAACAACGCAUUAGUCAGUUUCCAUUAGUAUAACAAAAUCUCUGAUAUAAUCAACUUUAAAAGAGGAAAGGUUUAUUUUGGCUUGCAGUUUCUGAAGUUUCAAUCCAUGAUCAGUUGUCCCAUUGCUUUUGGGCAUGUGGCAAAGCAGGAGUUCAUCAGGGCAGGAGUACAUGGCAAAGCAGGAUACUUACCUCAUGGUAGCCAGGAAGCAAAAGAAAUGGAGGGACCAGAGUCCCAGUAUUCCCUUAAUGACCAUGCUUCCAAUGGCCUAGCUUCCUUACACUAGCUCCCAGCUCCUAAAGAUUCCACCACCUCCCAAUAGUGCCACAGGUUGGGGACCAAUCCUUAAAACACAUGAGCCUUCCAGGGACUUUCAAGAUAUAAACUAUAGCAAACUAGAAGAUAGGUGCUGAAAGCCUCCAAAUAUAAAGAAAUUAUGAGAUGGAAAUGCUAAUUACCCUAAUUUGAUCAGAACACAUUGUAUGGAUUUGUUGAAGCAUCAUACUGCAUCAUACUGGUCCAGAUUCUGUAGUUUCUCUGCUCUCUAGACUCAGAGAAUUAGUUAUAAACCCCUCCCUAAAUCCUCUAUGUACUUCUACCUCUUUCCUUUCCCCAUUCCUGCCCUGGCCCAGCUGGCAACUUACACUGUUCACUAGUCCUUUUACAUUUCUCUGAGGUUUUAUAAUUAUUCCCAUACCAAUCUCCAGGCUAAUUUAUCUCCCUCACCUCUCUACCAUGUACCUUAUCCCUGGGCUUCCUCAGUGCUCACGAUUGCCUCAUCACUGGGCUAAGAGGUCAGGUUAUAAAGCAACUGUGGAUGCAGUCAGUAUUCAGGUUACUUGUGUGUCCUUUCAGGUUAACAUACCUGUUCCAUUUAACCAACAAGAUAGGAGAUACGUAAGAGGUAAAGUUGAGUGCUCUGUAUUUUUGCACAGGCCUUCAAUCAAAAGUCCCAAGUACCUCUAGAGGUAAAAAGACAUGAGGACACUAGCACUUCCACAACAGUGUUGAAUAAUAGCUUCGAUCCCUGGUGGCAUGGUGGCACAUUCCUGAAGUGAGGCAGGAGGAUCACAGGGAUCGAACUCAGGACCUUGCGCUUGCAGGCAGGCACUGUGCCACUGAGCUAUCUCUCCACCCCCACCACCCCCACUACAAAGUUUCUGAGCAACUUUGGAGGGUCGCUACGGAGACAGUACGGACAUUUCUAAAAGCACGGCGGCGGAAGCAGCUAGCCCGGCCGAGCUGCACUCUCCCCAACACCCCGAGACCCAAGGACUGCACAAGAUCCGGAGACCUGUCCAGGGCUACCAGCCCUUGCCCGGCGCCUUUCCAUGACGCGACACCUGCGCGAUGACGCGGCAGCGGGCCGCGACCGCUGCCUCCACGUCUCAGGUUUCGCAAAGGCCUGUGGGAGCGACCCGAGAGAAGGAGGGCCAAGAUGGCGGAAGUGGCGGAGUCUCCGGGAGAUCCGGGGACAGCAUCGCCCAGGCCCCUGUUUGCAGGCCUUUCAGAUAUAUCUAUCUCACAAGACAUCCCGAUAGAAGGAGAAAUCACCAUUCCUAUGAGAUCUCGCAGUCGAGAAUUUGACAGCUCCACAUUAAACGAAUCUGUUCAGAAUACUAUCAUGCGUGAUCUAAAAGCUGUUGGGAAAAAAUUCAUGCACGUUUUAUAUCCAAGAAAAAGUAACACUCUUUUGAGAGAUUGGGAUUUGUGGGGUCCCCUGAUCCUUUGUGUGACACUUGCAUUAAUGUUGCAGAGGGGCUCUGUGGAUAGUGAAAAAGAUGGAGGGCCCCAAUUUGCAGAAGUUUUUGUCAUUGUCUGGUUUGGUGCAGUCACCAUCACCCUCAACUCAAAACUUCUUGGAGGAAAUAUAUCUUUUUUCCAGAGCCUCUGUGUGCUGGGUUACUGUAUACUUCCUUUGACAGUGGCAAUGCUGAUUUGCCGCCUGGUACUUCUGGCAGAACCAGGACCAAUAAACUUCAUGGUUCGGCUUUUUGUGGUGAUUGUGAUGUUUGCCUGGUCUAUAGUUGCCUCUACAGCUUUUCUUGCUGAUAGCCAGCCUCCAAACCGAAAAGCCCUUGCUGUGUAUCCUGUUUUCCUAUUCUACUUUGUCAUCAGUUGGAUGAUUCUCACCUUCACUCCUCAGUAAAUUGGGAAACAGUAAUUUAAAAUCAGUGAACUGAAGGCUCAUCCGAAAGAUACAAUUCACCGUGGAGCUCUGACAUUAGCCCUUUUGUCAAUUUUUGGAGGUUAUUAAAAGGGAGCCAUACAGCACUGUUGUCACUUAUA